AUGAGCCAAAUUCUGACCCCUCGACAAGCUGAAGAGCUACACAAGGCCAUUAUUGCGUACCUGUCAUCGAACAACCUGCCUAACACGGCAGCUGCCUUACGGGAAGAACUGAACCUUGGUGACACGUUCGAUACUGCUACUUCUAAGAAAUAUGAGGGACUUUUGGAAAAGAAAUGGACCAGCGUUGUGCGAUUACAGAAGAAGAUUAUGGAACUAGAGUCGAAAACGGCUACUCUACAGUCGGAGUUGGAUAAUGCGACACCUACCUCUCUAUCCAAGCGGAACCAAGACCCGUCUAGUUGGCUCCCUCGAUCUCCGCCCCGUCAUACCCUGGAAUCUCACAGGGGCCCUAUUACCUGUGUCGCCUUCCAUCCUGUUUUCUCUUCCUUAGCCACGGGUUCCGAGGAUUAUACGAUAAAAAUUUGGGAUUGGGAGCUAGGAGAGCAGGAGCGCACAAUCAAGGGGCAUACAAAAGCAGUGCUGGAUGUGGAUUUUGGUGGUCCUAGGGGUGGGACCCUUCUGGCAUCGUGCUCGAGUGACCUGACUAUCAAGCUGUGGGAUCCUUCCGAUGAAUACAAGAAUAUUAGAACUCUACCCGGGCAUGACCACAGCGUUAGCGCCGUUCGCUUCAUCCCGUCAGGUGCAGCGGGUGCACCAAGUUCUAGCAACCUUCUCGUAUCUGCUUCUAGAGACAAGACGUUACGUUUAUGGGACGUGACGACGGGCUAUUGCGUCAAAACUAUACGAGGACAUGCAGAUUGGGUCAGGGAUGUUUGUCCGUCCCCGGAUGGCCGUUAUCUUCUAUCCGCCGGAAAUGAUCAGACUGCUCGCCUUUGGGAUAUUUCGCUUGCUAACCCUGAAAGCAAGCUGACACUCGUCGGCCAUGAACACACAGUCGAGUGUUGCACUCUUGCUCCCCCAUCAACUUAUCAAUAUCUUGCACCACUUGCUGGAUUGAAAAAGCCGCCUCCAGCAUCGAGCACUGCGGAGUUUAUGGCAACAGGUUCCCGAGACAAGUCGAUACGUAUCUGGGAUGCGAGAGGCAACUGUAUUAAGACCCUUCUUGGACACGAUAACUGGGUAAGAGCAUUGGUGUUUCACCCAGGCGGUAAAUACCUCCUCAGUGUGUCCGAUGACAAGACGUUACGGUGCUGGGAUUUGGCUCAGGAAGGGAAAAAUGUGAAGACUCUCGUAGACGCGCAUGGCCACUUUGUUUCCUGUUUGAGGUGGGCCCCGGGCAUUAUACGCGAGCCCGUGACGAACGGGUCAGGCGAAGGUUUAAAUGGCACAUCUCUAAACGGCAUUGCGAAAGCUGCGGCUGUUGCUGAUGUUCAAAUCCGGUGUGUUAUCGCAACCGGGUGUGUGGACUGUAAGCUGAGGAUUUUUGCCAACUGAAGCCACCAAUACGGUAUGUGAUAGGACAUGAAAACAUGUGUCGUUCUGGCGUCACUUUGACGAUCUUAGCUUCCGCUAAAGCUUCAGAGCUUUUAUGGUCGGAGUAACGAGGUCUCGAAGCCAAAGGUUGGGGCAUGUAUCUUCAGAUACUGCCUCGAAUAUUGUUGCCGUAGAAAACCGCAGACACUGCAAACACGCCGUUCUUCGAGGCGGCACGGGAAGAUGACUAGAAACGAGCUUUAACCCUACGGAUCUAGGAGAUUAAAGAACGGGGCGGGCGGGCUGGUAGGGAGGGCGAACUUGAUGAAGGGAAGAAGUAACGAGAUUUGUUGGCGUUGUUAAGUCCAAGGUUGGCGUCAUUUUCUGUGGUGCUAUUGCAUCGUUCAGGCUGAUCAAUGGUCGUGGCAGCACCGUAGAUAUGGAAGAAAAUAGAUACCCUAUCAUUGCAUACCGAGGAGAGACUUGAAUAUACGAUCUAGCAUUGAGCUAGUUUAUUCCCAUAUUUUUCAUAUUGUUCUCACGUACGUAAGAAGUUGAGUCCCUAACCUAGGUAAUAUAAGUUAUGUGAAGCUCAGUUCAAAUCAUGCGAUAUAAUUCGACUCC